AUGAGCACGGUUCUGGUCGUGGACGACCAACCGAUUAAUCGUGUGGUAAUCACCCGCCUCCUUCGCUCGCUGCACCUCGAUGUCAUCGAGGCUUGCGAUGGGCAGCAGGGCCUGCAGCAGUACCUGCAGCACGGCCGCUCCACCAUCGUGUGCGUGCUGCUGGAUCUGAUGAUGCCCGUCCUGGACGGCUUCAACGCCGCAGUCUCCAUGCGCAGUGCCGAGAGCCAGCACGGCUGGCUGCCGGUGCCCAUCGUGGCGUUCACUAGCGAGGAUGUGCGGCACGGCUCCCCCACCUGGCACCAGUGCAUGCGCAGCGGCUUCAACGACAUAGUGCCGAAGCCCAUGGACAAGCAGCACGCCACGCAGCUGCUCUUUCGCUGGCUCCCCGGCUUGAGAGAGCGGCAGGCCGACAGCAGCAGCAGCGGCGGCAGCGACAACAACACUGUGCUGCGCAGCUGCUCAGAGGCAGGCUGCAGCAAGCACAGCCAAGGCAUCGGCAGCGAGGAUGAAUGCGCGCCGCGCCGCAGCGUCGGCAGGGGCAGCAGCAGCAGCAGCAGCGUCUGCUCGGGGUGA